ACUGCAGCUGGAGCCAGCAGCCAGCAGCUUUCUCUUGUUGACCUUUACUCGCAGCUGGAUAAAGGCAGGUUUAAAGAAAUGCGAAUAUUUGCUAAGAAAAUGCUGAGCUUAUUCGGCUCCACAUAUUUGUGUUAGCAGACAUUCUCUGUCGUGAACUUAAACAAGAACCGAUUUAAGUCAAGACUAAGUAUGUCCCACUUACGUGACAUUUUACGCGUCUCAACCACAGCCCUCAAACCAAAGCAUAACAGUCCAGACCAGACCUGGCCUCUUGACUGAAAUUCAGAUCUCAUUAUAUAAAAUCUAGAAAUCUGUCUAUAAAAUCUUCAUCUAUGAAUUAAGCUCAAACACCUGCUGUUCUCUUGGGCUUGUUAACAGCGGUAGUUUGAAUGUGUGAAUGCAUAAAUUAAUGUUGUUGUUUUUUAAAUUAUUAUUACUUUUGUUUUGUUUUGGUUUUUAUGGCUCUGUUUAAAUGUUGCACAUUGAGUUUUUUUCUGUAAUGAAAUGUGCUCUAUAAAUAAAACACAAUUUCCUGCAUUUUUACACCUAAUUACUUUUGUUCAGCCUUCUGAGAAACAUGCAAAUAAAAGCCAUGUACUAGUUUAAUUUGGGGUGUACAUGCACUUACACAGGUACUCCCUUUAAGUGCUUUUUACUCCACUACAUUUAUUUAAUCAUCUUAGUUACUUUGCUGAUUCAGACUACUUCUACAAAAUCUUAUAAAGAAAACAAAUUCGGGUGUGUUGUCACAGAUUGAGCUACUCAGUAGUAAAUUUAACUCCACAUUCACUGACAACAACACUAAAGUGAUAAGCAUAUUAAUAUAUGUCAGUAAUUAUACUUUCCAUCAUUUUAUCAGUCCAGUCCAUCAGUGCACUUUAAACUGUGGUUUUGAGAAAUGGUGUUCUACAAAUAAGCGGAAAAUUUCUUUUGUUCACUCUGACAUAUGAAUUUCCUUCAUUUGGAGAUCAAGGAAAUCUUGUUGUCUCACUUUUUUUUUCUCUGUCGUUUGCUUUCCUUCUCUCUCUCACACACACAGAUACUCACACAAACACUUCCUGUGAAACUGUCAUUGUGUUCUUUUGGCUGUGCGUAAUACAUCUUGUGUGUUGAGCACUGACCGCCGUCUGUCUCCUUCCUUUUACGCUCUCUGCUUCAAACCCAACAGACUUUGAAGAACAAAAUUAGUAACAUCAGUGCUGCAUUUGUUCAUACUUACUACAAGCACCUGUACGGUACUUGAAUUAAAGCUCAUUUGGGAUGCAGACCUGCUGUUUUUAGACAUGUAGCUGAGCUGAGAAAACAGAAGUUGGUGAAACGUGUUUGGUACGGUGGACGUGUGAUGACAUGGCAGCAGCUAUGCCAUUGUGCUACCACGGUGCCAUCAGCAGGAAGGAAUGUGAGGAUAUCCUGGGAAAGAAGAACAAGGAUGGAGCCUACCUGAUCCGAAACAGUGAGACCAUCCAGGGAGCCAUGUGUCUCUGCGUUUAUAAAAAGAGGGUGGUGUAUACCUACAGACUGCUGCAGACGCACAGCGGACAAUAUACUCUCCUGACAGCCGGAGGUCUUGAGGAGACAUAUUUUAAGACUUUGGAUGACCUGAUCCAUCACUAUAAAAGAAGAAAUCAGGGUUUGGCCAUGCAUCUGCGCCACUCUGUCAAAAGGAAGACAGCCAUGUUGAUCAGUGAGCAAAAACAACCUGAGCAAGAGUUGCCUUUACCUGAAGAAGAACAUGACUAUGAGAAUGCUCCUGAAUCAUCUGAAUAUGUUGAAGUCCUGCCUCCUUGAACUUCUCUGAACACUUGAGGAGUGUGUCAAAGACAUUUUCAGGGAAAACGUUUGAACUAUGGUUGCUUAGAGAAAGAAGACACAUACUGAACUGAAUUCUAAUGAAUGAAUAAGGAAUGUAGACAAGUGGACAAAUGCUGAAGAAAGGAGAUCGUCAUUUGCUUGUGCUGCGGUAAUUCUGUGGUUUUAUUUUUUCCUCCUGCUGUUAGCUCGCAAGUGACAGCUUCAGGUACAGCAGUCUCAGUCAGUUCACUGAGGUCCACAAUGAAAUAUUUAACAACUGGUGGUUGUGUUCCAGUGAGUUCUGGUUCUGACAUUUAAAGUUCCCAGUUCUAAUCAAAUUGCAAAUAUGAAAAGCUUUAUGUCAAGUAUUAUACUAUAGAUGACAAACACAGCUAAACGUUAUACCUGCAUUAUUAUCAGCAUGUUGUUACGUUGCACUGCUGAUAUGGUUGUAGUCCAUUGACUCUCAGGUUAGUAAGAUAACGUGUGUUGACUGAUCAUUUGCAUAUGACUCAUACAAAAUUUGAUGCACAUGGAAACUCUUGACUGAUUAGUGGAAGUCCUUGCUGCAAAUGUAUUCAUACUAUAAGAAACUACCUGCUAUCUAGUUCUUCUAAUUGAAUGUCAGUUCCAGUUUAUCUCAGUCCUGGCCUUACUGGCAUGCUUUUUACAUUUAUUAACAGUCAUGUAGGCCACAGUUUCUCUUUUUUAAAACUGUUUUAACCACAACUUGCAACUUCUGAGCUUAAAGACAAUCUAAGAGUCAAUAGGCCAAUAUUAUUAUAUGUUCUAACCAUCAGAAACACCCAGACCUUGUUUCCUUUCAGGUGCUACUAUUACUUUUAUUUCUUUUUCUUUUUUUUUAAUGACUUCAUCUGAAGCAGGAAGCAUCACACAACAAAAUCCUAUCUGAAAAGGGACAUGAAUGUAUAGUUUCACCUCAACAGGCUCAGUAACUUCCUAAAACUGCUGCUUACUGCAAUUCAGGAGGAAGUAGUACAUUUGCUGGAGACUGUUUUCAUCGGCAGAUUACCGGUAAUCCAUAUUUGGUGCUUUCAGUGCAAGCCAAUCAAUCAGGAAAUUAUGUUACGUUGAUUUUUUAAAAUUGAUUAAACAAAAAGGUUGUCUGACUGCACUGACCCACAAAAUAUAGAUUUAUCUUGGUUUGUGCAGGUCCAAAUGUUAUUAGGCAAAGCAAGAUGCCACAAUUUUUUUUUUUUUUUUUUUAUUUUGUGAUAUCUGGAGAGGAUGUACUUUUCCAUAAUCUAAGGGUCACUUGUGCAGCUGUGACCAUGCAUACAUUUAUUAUUUGUACAGUCAUAUUUCUAUAUGUUCGGUAAUUCUGUUAGGUCUCCCAAAAGUCAUAUUCUUGGUAAUACAGAUACCGUCGUGCCCCACCACACCACCUUGCUUAUCUUAACAGGCCAUUUUCCAUCAAAACUGAUCAACUUAUUUAAUCAGUUCUUGAGUCUUAAACUCUCAACUAAUAAUACUUAAAAAAUAUUGAAACCAAUGUUGUUCUGGUCAAGAUCCUACAGUAUCCAUGUAUGAGAUAUCCCAUGCUAUAGAUUCCAUGGAUGAAUUAUGCUGUGAUGGUUUUUCACAGAGCACAAGAACAAUAUUUAGGGUUGUCUGACGUUCAUUAGCAUAGGUGAGACAAAGGUGAGUGGUGGAGAGGUGGCGGAGAUUAUUGUGAUCAAUAUACAAUUGAGUGAUAAAAUGAUGUUUUGAUGAAUGAAGGAAAAAAUCAGAUCAGUUUUUAUUCUCUUUAUUUUAUUUUAAACUUAAUUUUUAAUUCCAGUUUUAAUAACUUUCACUAUGUCCCCUGUUGCACUGUGCUCUUUUUUCAGCUGUGUCUACGUUUAUGUAAUUAUAGUAAUUGAACAAAGUUAAGUUAAAUAAGAAUCAAACAAAUGUUUUACAUCAUCUUGGUAAUUAAUCCAAUAAGAAGGGAAAGAAGGAUAAAUAGGAUCAGAUAAAAAUAUAAAAAAGGAUCAGAGAGGUUGUGUGUGAGUGUGUACAGCUGUAUAGAGUAUAUGCACAAAGAAAUGAGAUGAGUUGGGAAGACAGAGGAACGUGUUUGAUUGUAAAUGUGUAGACAGAGUCAUUGUAUUAGUAGAGCCGUAGUGGAGAUUACGCCUGUUAAUAAAUGUAUAGUGUUUAUUCUCUCAUUGUCAAAAAUCUGUUAACUGCAUGUGAGCCUGUAAUUGAUUUCUUGUUUACAUUUUCUGUCCUCUGCUGUUAACGUUAAACAUUAACCCAAUGAGGUGCGGGUAAAACCGGCCUAUUUAGGUACAUGUGUGAACUUGCUCUGUCUCUAUGAAACUAAAAAAUAAUUAUCACA